AUGAGAUUUCAAUUAUUUUUACGGUGCUCACUUUUACGUCGUCACUUCUCCACAACAAGAUUUGAUGGCAGAAUUCCUUUGGAAUGUUUGCAAAAGACAGUCACCUUUCGGGAGGAUCAGCAAGCUCCUCAAGUUGAACUUCGUAUUCCCCUUAAAGCUGAUUGGAUCCCAACAGCAAUAGCGGAUGAUAUGAGAGCACGAUAUUCACACAGAAUUGAUCGGAACGGUUUUUUGGUGAUUGAAUCAUGUCGAACUUAUUCGGAGCAGCUGAACAUGGCUGACUGUAUUGAUAAAUUACGCAGCGCAAUGCUGGAAUGUCAAGAGAUUUUAGAUGGUCAGCAAAAAUGUGAAGUAAAAGUAGAUCCUAGAGUUGAAGCGAAACGUGAUAUCAAAUGGCGUCUUGCUGCAUUCGAAAACGAAAUAUAG